AUGGAUGUAACUGUCACACCUUGGGUGACUGAAAAUACACUGCAGUAUGAGAGUGACUGGGAGGACUUUGAGAGAACACGGAAUAUAACUUGGCUGAUCUCAGGCAUUGUGCAAUUCAUCAUUUCCCUGGUGGGGCUGGCAGGAAAUGCUGUGGUGAUCUGGCUCCUGGCUUUCUGCAUGCAGAGGAAUGCUUUCUCCGUCUACAUCCUCAACUUGGCAGGAGCUGAUUUUGUCUGUCUAUCCACCCACAUGGUAGUCUCCAUAAUGCAUUCGGUCAAUUAUAGCAAACUAGACACCAUAGAAUUUUUACAAGUUUUUUUGGUAGUAUUUGUCUUUCCCUACAUUGCAAGCCUGAGCAUUCUCUCUGCCAUUAGCACUGAGCGUUGUCUGUCUGUCCUAAGGCCCAUCUGGUAUCGUUUCCACCGCCCAAAACACAUGUCAUUUGUCAUGUGUGCCCUGCUCUGGGCACUGUCCCUUCUCCUGACAGUUCUGGAAAUGGAGUCCUGUGGUUUACUGCUUGGAAAAUAUGAUUGGAAAUUGCAUAGAACAAUUGAAUUCAGCAUUGCCACGUGGCUGACUUUUUCUCUUGUGCUUAUGUUCGGGUCUAGCCUGGUGCUGCUGACCAGAUUGCUGUUUGGCUUUCAGAAGAUGAAGCUGACCAGGCUGUAUGUGACUAUCGGGCUCACAGUGCUGGUCUUCCUCACCUGUGGCCUGCCCUGGGGAAUCAGUUAUUUUUUCUUUUACUGGAUGCUAAAGGAUUUCAGCUUUAAAGUAUUUGCAGUGACAAGUGUAUUAACCACUCUCAACAGCUGUGCCAAUCCCAUCAUUUACUUCUUUGUUGGCUUUUAUAGGCACCAGCAAAGACAGCAAAGAAGGAGCCUCAAAAUAAUUCUGCAAAGAGCUUUGCAGGAUGUUCCUGAGGAGGACGGACGCCAAGGCAGCCCUCCUCAGGAGAUCCUGGAGAUGUCAGGAAAUAUUCAUGUGGCCUAA